UCGAGGAACAAGAGAAAGAUGGGGAAGGUGCUCGUCAUAACAGUUGUUGUUGCUGCGGUCGCUAUAUUUGUUGGGGAGAGAGCAGUCAAUUUUAGGAAGAGAGCUCUUGCCAGCAGAGAAAUCAAUCUAAACCAUCUUCCCAACUGUCAGUUGAUCAAGGGAAUUGAAUAUGGAGCAGAGGACAUUACUAGGCUCCCAGAUGGACGGGCAAUCAUGAGCACAGGUCUAAAACUUGAAGGUGUACCAGUCUUUUCCCAAGAUCCAGGGAAAAUGUACAUUCUUGAUCCUGAAGACACAAGGCUGAAACCUGUGGAACUCCGAAUUGGAAGAGGCUUUGAUGUUGAUUCCUUUAAUCCCCAUGGCAUCAGUGUAUAUGCUGAUGAGAAUGAUGGAUCUGUAUAUGUGUUUGUCGUCAAUCAUCCCAACCUCAAAAGCCAGCUGGAGAUCUUCAAAUUUAUGGAGGAUGAAGACGCUCUUGUGUACCUGAAAACCAUUAAACACGAACUUCUCCACAGCUUGAAUGACAUUGUUGCUGUUGGACCAGAAAGCUUUUACGCCACAAAUGAUCAGUACUUCACAUACUCAUUUUUGAAAACUUUAGCAGUUCUCUUCACUAUACCCUUGUCUAACGUAGUGUACUACAGCCCCAAGGAAGUGAAGAUAGUAGCUGAUGGCUUUUACUUUACUAAUGGCAUCAACAUAUCACCUGACAAAAGACAUAUAUAUGUGGCAGAUAUAAUUGGUCACAAUGUUCAUGUCUUGGAGAGGAAAAGCAACAAUAACUUGGUGCCAUUAAAGGUUGUGGAGGUUGGUACUCUUCCUGAUAACAUUGAAGUUGAGCCAGAAACAGGUGACUUAUGGUUGGGCUGCUUUCCCAAUGGCUGGAAAGCAUUUGUGAAUGAUCCAGAAGACCCAGCAGGAUCAGAGGUUAUUCGGAUUCAGAACAUCCACUCUGACAAGCCAGUUGUGACCCAGGUGUAUGCUGAUGAUGGUAAGGUGCUCAUUGGGUCAACAGUGGCAACUCGCUUUGGUGGAAAGCUUCUCAUUGGAACCAAUUAUCACAGAGCUCUUUGCUGCGACCUGCCAUAGGAUGCUGUCCCAAACACAAGCACAUGACGAGGAUAAUCAUGUUCUUCCAUUCCUUGAUGAACACUGGCAAUUAAAGGCAUCUCAGCUUUGGAGGCCCUGAUCAUUCAAACCACCACAUAAUCUCUAUUCUGAUUAAAUAUUUAGCACUUUGCAAUUAAAAUCUUUCAACACUUGUUUUCACCAAAGCCUAACAAUAUACUGUUCAAGGUUCUGUCCAAACACACUUGAAAAAAACCCCAACAGUAAACACAAAAGAAAUCGACUCAUCUGGACAUUUAACAGGGAUCAUUUACUGAAUGCGACUGGUUUCAGUCAAAACGUGUGAAUGAAAACUGAUACCAUAAUUGAUUCCUUGAAUCCUGAUCUUAGUCUAACACUGGUUAUGAGACUUGUCUCAAAACUGAAAUGCAAAAAUAAGUUAUGCAUUGUGUGCAUGAUUGAACUACUCUUUACUUUAAAUAGAUGGUUUAUUCUUAUACUGUAGUGAAACUGAUUAAAGUUAUGAUUUAUAUUCUUUACUUUGGCGGCAACUUUUCAUAUGACACUUUGAUAAAUAUGUAUUCUGUCUCACUUUUGCCCAUUCCCUGGUGUUCAUAGGACAAGGACAAUUGAGAGAU